AUCUUUGCAUCGAACCCUCAUUGCUCGAGCCCCGGGCUCCAAGGGUCGAUACACGGGACCCGCCCAGUUCCGCGGCUCCAAGGUCGACACACCGGCUGCAGGCAGCUGCCGUACACAUAGGGGUGGUGAGAGGCGGAGGAGAAAGGCGGCGGUAUAAUCUCUUGCUGCCACUUCGUUUAAAUUGAUGUUUAGACACUGCCUGUAAUUCAGGUCGUUCUCUGUUUUCGGAUUAUGAGCUGUUUGGAGGUAACGGGCGGAGGACUCUCGCCAGGGAACGAACCUCUCCCGAACAUUGUGUGCACUGAUCCUCCCUCACGAAAGCCAGACUCUCCGGGAACAACAGAAGCGGAUUGCACAAUUUGUGUCAACCAACUCAACUACACCGUCAGUGAGAGAGUUGGUCCUUGGUGGGACGUACAAUCGUAUCUUCAGAAGUGGACAAAGCAUAUCCUGAAAAAUGUCUCGUUUUAUGUGGAAAGUGGACAACUAAUGGGAAUUUUAGGAAAUUCCGGGUCCGGAAAGACGACAUUGUUGGAUGCAAUUGCAGGAAGAUUAUGUGGAUCAUCAAAUCUAAUUGGUGAUGUAUAUGUGAAUGGCUGCAAACUUAAAAAGGAAGAUUUUCACAACUGUUUUGCCUAUGUCCUACAGAGUGACAAUUUACUCAGUUAUCUUACAGUGGAGGAAACACUGACAUACACAGGCUUGCUCACACUUUGUGGAAACACUAAUGCCAUCAAAAAGAAGGUGAAAUCUGUCAUGUUAGAGCUUAGCCUAAGUCACAUCGCCAGCCAUGUGAUUGGUGGCCGAGCGUUUCGAGGGAUUUCAGGUGGAGAAAGACGUCGAGUCUCUAUAGCAGCGCAACUUCUCCAAGAUCCCAAAAUCAUCCUUCUUGAUGAACCAACCACAGGUCUGGAUAGUAUGACAUCCAACCAGAUUAUUGGAUUACUUUCAGAACUAGCUCACAAAAAUCGAAUAGUCAUCCUGACCAUUCAUCAGCCUAGAUCGGAACUAUUCAAGUUGUUUGACAGAAUUGGCAUAAUGAGCUGCGGAGAGUUGGUGUUUUGUGGUGGAACUGAAGAAAUGGUAGAUUUUUUUAGCAGUUGUGGCUACCACUGUCCUGAAUACUGCAACCCAUUUGAUCUCUACGUGGACCUGACAUCUGUUGACACCAGAAGCAAGGAGAGAGAAAUUGAGACUUACAGCAGAGUUCAAGAAAUUUCCUUAUCAUACCAAAAUUCAAGAAUAUUUAACAAUGCCCUGGUGAAUAUUAAUGCAGCAAAGAAAGAAAAACAGUCGGCAUCUAUUCCAUUCAAAAACACAGUUUCUCCAAAUACAUUCUUUAAACUUUGGAUACUGAUCAGGCGAAUUGUAAGAAAUUUAUCAAGGAACAAAAUUGGGAUAAUAAUGCGACUCUCCCAGAAUUUGCUUUUUGGCUUAUUUGUUGUGUUCUUCAUGAUGAAGCUGAGCAGUGAUCCAUCAAAAGGUGCAGUGCAAGACCGAAUUGGAAUCAUCUACCAAAGCGUAGGUGCCUCACCAUAUACUGGAAUGCUGAAUGCUGUUGCUUUGUACCCAUCGUUACGCUCGGUUGGUGACCAGGAAAGUUCAGAUGGUAUUUAUCAGAAAUGGUUGAUGUUGUUGGCCUAUAUCAUUCAUAUACUUCCUUUCAGCAUCUUCAGUGUGGCUAUUUACAGCUUUUUUGUUUACUGGACCCUUGGAAUGUUUCCAUUAUGGGAACGAUUUGGAUGCUUCUUUGCUGUACUCAUAGUACCACAUCUAGUUGGUGAACUUCUGACACUGAUCCUACUUGGUGUUGUGCAGAAUCCAAAUAUAGUUAACAGUGCAGUUGCUUUAAUUAAUGUAGCAGGAAUUCUGUUAGGAUCAGGCUUCCUAAGGAGUGCAGAAGAAAUGCCCAAAGUAUUUCGCUGGCUGAGUUACCUCACAUUUCAGAAAUAUGGAGUUGAAGUCCUGAUGGUUAAUGAAUUUUAUGGUUUAAAUUUUACCUGUGGGAAUGGUGCACAAUCAUCUAACACCACAGAUGCCCUUUGCUGGUUUACCCAAGGGGAUCAGUAUCUUGAUACUACAUAUCCUGGAGCAUCAUCCAGAUUUGUGUUCGACUUUCUGAUGCUAUACGCUUUUGUGCCUGCUUUAGUUCUUGUCGGCAUUAUUAGUUUUAAGAUUCGUGAUUCAGCAAUGCAGUGAAAAUGAGAUGAAAGAGCAGGAACUUGAACUGCAUACACUCCUUAAAGAAUGUGAGGAAAACUGUUAAGUUAAAAUUAUCUUUCCCUGAUUCCAUGUUGCACUCUUCACUGUAUCCAUAUUACCAAUGAGAAUUUGAACACAGCUGGCACCACAAUCUAACACAAGUCCAAUCCACUUAUCUUUAUCAUGAAUCUUUGAGUCUGAAGAAGGGUCGAGACCCAAAAUGUCACCCAUUCCUUCUCUCCAGGGAUGCUGCCUGACCCGCUGAGUUACUCCAGCAUUUUGUGUUUAUCUUCAAUUUCAACCAGCAUCUGCAGUUCUUUCCUACAUAUAUUUAUCCUGACGUAUAUUUAAAGGCAGGAUAACGAUAAAGGACGAAUCCUAACUGAUACCUUUAUUAUUGAUAACUGAUUAUCCUUUUACCACUUCAGGUAUGAUAUGGUAACUCAGGUACAGGAUAUUCCUGCUCUCUGUUGAUUAACUGUUUACCGGAUAAACUUACUGAACUAUGAAGAGAAUGAAGGGCAGAUAGAUUUAACAAUUAAUUUGAUCUUCAUCCACAGACGUGUAAGAGGGAACAUAUAUCAUCUCUAUAUAACGAAAAGUAUUUGUCUUGUUUGUGUCCACGAUGUGUCAAUCUGGUUUUCCUAUCUUCUACCAAAUGCUAGGCCACAGCCUUUCCAUUUUCAAACAUCCUACUCACAUUUUUCCCGUCGUAGUGAUAAACAUCUUCCCGUCACAUUACCACCUAUAUUUCCAAAGUUAUUAAUCCUUUAAAUUUUAGAAACAACCCCAAAAACUCACCCAUUUCGGAAAACAAAUCCGAGUGACGUCACAAUGCACUCGCAAGGCAGGCAGGAUACUCCAGGAGGGAGGGGCACUCCAGCGCUCGCGGUGAAUGAGGAAUGGUGGCGGCUGCCGGCGCCCGACGGCCGCCUGGUACCUGGUGGGGAGGGUGGUGCCGCGGGCCGAGCUCGGAGACUGGGUCUGGGCUGGAGCUGAGCCUGGUCCUGGAGCUGGAGUGAGGGCCGAGCCCGUGGGGCUUGGGAUGGGGUCGGGAAAGAAGCCGCUGCUGGAACCAAGGACGAACUCAUCCCUGACCCCGUAGAUGAAGUCGGGGCCUGGACUGGAGCCCAGGCAGCGGCCGAGCUGACGGCUGGAGUCUACGGGCCAGGCCGAGUACGAGAACCAGGCCGAGUUCCAGGCCCUGGCGCAGCUCUACUACCUGGGUAGGUGCUGGGGCAGGGAACGGGAGUGAGGGGAGGAGGA